AGAAACUAUAAAAUAAAUUGUCGUUAACAAACAUAACAUUUUUGUCCCGGUUUCCCCUAUUUGCGAUCCGUUACCAAUAUCGGCACACACAGUAGAUUUCUAUUCCCCUUUACCACAACCGGUGGGUUUCUCGUAUCUCGUUGUAUCUCAUAUCUCAUAUUUUAUGAAUGCAAGUAACAAGUACACGCUAAACUCACAUACACAUGCAUAUGCACAUGUGAGAACUUUUGCUAUCAACAAUAGGUACAUAGGAAACCGUUUACAAAAGUGAAUCAAACUGUGGUUAAAAUAGUGCAGUAAAUACUUCUUAUAUUUUUUGAACUUCAGUAUAAAAUUUGAUUUUGAAAAUGUUGGAAAACAGUAAUGGAAAUUUAAACGGAAAUCAGAUCCAUAAUAAUAAAGAAGAAAAUGAAGAAAGUCAUACUAAUGGAGAGAAUAAAGAGACAAGGUAUCUCGAUGGCUCCGUACGGUUACGAAACCCGCACAUCGAACUUAUGGACCAAGAUAUUUUAUAUCAUCUGGCCCUGGGCAGUGAGUCACAUGAUCUUGUUGAAAUGUUUGGAGAUGUUAAGUUUGUGUGUAUGGGAGGAACGCCAAAAAGAAUGGAAAGCUUCGCUGAAUAUAUCAUGAGUGAAAUUGGCCACAGGUUGCCCACCGGCACACAACUAAUGGACAUAAGUCAGUAUUCCUACCGCUAUAGUAUGUACAAAGUGGGCCCGGUUCUAUCCAUUAGCCAUGGUAUGGGAGCUCCAUCUAUUGGUAUACUUCUUCACGAGGUGAUAAAACUAAUGUACCACGCUAAAUGUAGGGAUCCAAUCUUCUUUAGAAUUGGAACAUGCGGUGGUAUUGGUCUGGAUGGUGGAACGGUAGUUAUUUCUGACGAUGCGUCAGAUGGCAUGAUGAAUAAAUAUUACCAAGUGCCAAUUCUUGGAAAAAUAGUAAAGAGGCCUGCAAAACUAGAUAAAAAACUAGCCAGGGAACUAAAGGCCUUAUCAACUCCAGAAGAUCUUUACGAUACCGUUACGGGCACCACCAUGUGUGCUGAUGACUUCUAUGAAGGCCAAGGAAGAUUGGAUGGCGCAUUUUGUGACUACACCGAAGCCGAAAAAAUGGAAUAUCUUGAACGUCUAAGAAGUGCUGGUAUUAAAAACAUAGAAAUGGAAGCCACUACGUUCGCUGCUCUAACCCAUCACGCAGGAAUCAAAGCAGCUGUAGUCUGCGUAACGCUGUUAGAUAGGCUGAAAGGAGACCAGGUGUGUACGCCUAAAGAGGUAUUAGUUGAAUGGCAAUUAAGACCUCAAAUAUUAGUUGCAAGGUAUAUCAAGAGGUACUUGCAAACAAAAGGCAGAAUUUCUUUCGAUGGACAUGGUUCGAUGUGUGUUAAAAGCCCCAGGCGUUUUAAAUUAGUACAACAAGAGUCGCAAACAUUUGAAUAAUUUUUUUCUUUUUUUAUUAACUUCUUAUCUAUUAUUAUUUAAAUCAGGUAUAAAAAUUAUAGUGGUUGUAGGAGACUUUUGCUAGCAAACUUCUUUUGACAAAUUUAAGUAUUUAUAGUAUUUGAAAUUUAUUACUGCUAAAGUAAAUUUCCCAAAAUUAGUAUUCCUUGUUUACACUGUACAUGUACAUUCCAAAAAAAAAACACCUUGUUGAAUAUUUAUCAUUAACUUAUUUUAUUUUUAGUUUAUUGUCAAACUAUAGUUCUAAGUAUUAAAAUUUUAUUGUAUAGGGUGACUCAAAAAUAUUUGAAAAUUACAAUAUUCCAAAUAUUUGUGAGAGUUUCUCUUUACCAAACUGAUUUAACCUUUUAAAAAUUGUUGUUUUCGUAGUUCUAAAUAUAUUUUUAUCUAAAAUCUAAUUCAAUAAUUCAAUACUGUAUUAUGUAAUACAUCUAAAACAUUUUAUCCAAACAUAUCAUACUGAGACUAUGAAGCUCAUGAAAAGGAAUCAGUCAGACCACACUUAUAUUAUACAUAUGACACUAAAAUAGCUUUUAAAAUACUUUACUUAACGGCCAGUUGCAAGAAAAUAUACCCACCGUUGUGUUCAUUGUAAAGAAAACUCUUUCAAGUGACGUUGAAGUUAAGUAUUUUUGUUGCAACUUGUCGUAGGUAAUUGUUUUAUUUAAAAUUUAAGUAAAUGCAAGUGCGAAAGAGCCCAAAAGAGCAGAAAGGUGAUUGACAUCAUUUUAGAUUGUUACUUAAAUUUACAAAAUGCUGUUAAGUUAUAUUUUUGCAAAUUUAAAUGGUCUUUUUUUAGGAAAAAUUUGUUGUUAAAAUAUCAGAAAAAACAAAAUUAUUGAAUAUUUAAAAUUUGCAAAAAUAUAGUUAUAAUUUCUAGAAGCAUGUAGUUUUAAAAAUAGAAAAAGCUG